CCCCGCGCCCUCCCGCCCGCCCGCCAGCACCAUGUCGGUGGCCGGGCUCAAGAAGCAGUUCCACAAAGCCACUCAGAAAGUGAGUGAGAAGGUUGGAGGAGCUGAAGGGACCAAGCUAGAUGAUGACUUCAAGGAGAUGGAACGGAAAGUGGAUGUUACCAGCAGGGCUGUGAUGGAAAUAAUGACUAAAACAAUUGAAUACCUUCAACCCAAUCCAGCUUCCAGAGCCAAGCUCAGCAUGAUCAACACCAUGUCAAAAAUCCGUGGGCAGGAGAAGGGUCCAGGCUAUCCUCAGGCAGAAGCCCUGCUGGCAGAGGCCAUGCUCAAGUUCGGCAGGGAGCUGGGCGAUGAUUGCAACUUUGGUCCAGCCCUUGGUGAUGUAGGAGAGGCCAUGAGGGAGCUUUCAGAGGUGAAGGACUCUUUGGACAUGGAAGUGAAGCAGAACUUCAUUGACCCCCUUCAGAAUCUUCAUGACAAAGAUCUGAGGGAAAUUCAGCACCAUCUAAAGAAGUUGGAAGGUCGACGCCUGGACUUUGAUUAUAAGAAGAAACGACAAGGCAAGAUUCCAGAUGAGGAACUCCGUCAAGCUCUAGAGAAAUUUGAUGAAUCUAAAGAAAUCGCUGAGUCAAGCAUGUUUAACCUCUUGGAGAUGGAUAUUGAACAGGUGAGCCAACUCUCUGCACUUGUGCAAGCCCAGCUGGAGUACCAUAAGCAGGCAGUGCAGAUCCUGCAGCAAGUCACUGUCAGAUUGGAGGAGAGAAUAAGACAAGCUUCUUCUCAGCCUAGAAGGGAAUAUCAGCCAAAACCUCGAAUGAGCCUAGAAUUUGCUACUGGAGACAGUACUCAGCCUAACGGGGGGCUCUCCCACACUGGCACACCCAAACCUUCAGGUGUCCCAAUGGAUCAGCCCUGCUGCCGAGCUCUAUAUGACUUUGAACCUGAAAAUGAAGGGGAGUUGGGGUUUAAGGAAGGUGAUAUCAUCACACUUACAAAUCAAAUUGAUGAGAACUGGUAUGAGGGGAUGCUUCAUGGCCAGUCAGGCUUUUUCCCCAUCAAUUAUGUAGAAAUUCUGGUUGCUCUGCCCCAUUAGGAAGUUAUGCUGGCUGGCUCACCUCCUUUUGACCCAGAUAGUUAAGUUUAACCACUGCUUUGGUAAUGCUGCUUACAACACAUCCAAAUGCAGGCCGCAGUGGACCAAGUCAUCAAGCCCCAUAAGUGUCUUGGGUUGAUGUGUAUGCUGUCACAGGAGGUAUGGUGAUGGAUGGUAACUUCCAAGCUUGGUAGGCCUGGCAUAUGCUUUUACAAACCAUCUGAGACUAGGAAGUGAACAGAACUGCUGUUUAAACAGUUCUCAGGAAAUUUUGGUUUCUUCAAACAUAGCCAUGAGCCACAUCACAGGAAAACAAAACAAAACAAAACACAUGAAACAUCCUAACUGAAGAUAUUGUCUGUCACCUGGGCCCAGCCCAAAGUCUCAAGUUCUCUAUUACAAAGGAGAAAGUUCUUGCUUUCACAGUGUCAAUAUGUAAGUCACAAAAUUGUCAAAGAAAGCAUGCCUCACCAGCAAAUUGUCUACUGGUUUAAGCGACUGUCUUGAUGCCAGCAGUAGAAGUGUAUUGAUUAUAAGUAUAUAGCAUUCUCUAAAGAAAGUCACCCUUGUUUCCCCACUUAAUGCCUAUUUGAGGUAUAGCCAGUUUUCUUCCCUCUUAAUAAAGUGCCAGGAAGGGGUUUCUAUUUAUUUUUGCGUGAAACAGUGAGCAACCAGCAUAUUGUGGGAUGUAAGGAGGAAAUUCUUGUAUUAAGAUGAACAGGGAAGAGAUCUGGUUUCAAGCUUAAAUUUUGUGCUGUACAGAAGCCAUGUAUAUACUUAAACCAUUUCUGAAGGGUACAGGGAGGGGGAAAUAACUGUCUUCCCUUCAGUUCUGUUCUUGAAUUAAUACAUUUAUUGAGUUCAUUUGGCAUAGAGACAUAAGGAGAGAAACACUGGUAACCAUUCCCCAUUACUUCAUUGACCAUGAAUAGUAGAUGUCUCUCCUUUCUGCUUGACCUCGUGUUCCUUGAACAUUGUUUGUGCAUACUCUGCCCUCAAUGAGGACCAAAUACACUUGAUUCUUGUGCUUUAGCAGUUUAAGGUAUGUGGCUGCAUAUGCAAAAUUUUUUCCUGAUUCAGUCAUUGCUUUGAUAUGUAUCCCAUCUUCAUUUUGUGUGUACAGUGCUGUGUGGAAGCUUACAGGUUCUUUUUUUCUUUUUCUAUCUCAGUCAUGAAAGUCCUGUUAGACACCCAGAGUUCUAUUUAUCUAACUGUACAGAGUUGUUCAGAGGUUUAAUGUGCCGCCCCCUGCGGUAGUGGAUCAUGUGGAGUGAAAGGCAAACCUUACUGCUUAAUGUAUAAACUCUCACCAUGGGAGGAAGGCAUUGCUGUUUCCAAUAAAUAUAACUGAGUACAAA